GUGGUACUGUAACGGAGAACAAAAAAGAUGAAGACAUAAUCCAACAACAACCCAAGGAUGAAUAUAAAAAGCUAUUUUUCAUCAUAUAUGCCUUGCAUGCACAGUUUUCCAAAGGAAAGUUGACAACGAGUAGAAUAUUAAAAACAACGGUAACUUAAAUAACACAUCGGAGGGAGUGAUUUAAUUCAAGGACUUUUAGUAUUUGCGUAAAUAGAAAUCAAAUAUUCACUGCUACUCACCGGAUCAAGUUCUCCAACAACAUAAAGGCACGGCGCGCGAAAUCACAGCAUGCGCCACGAGGACAUCACCGUUUUCUGAACCAAGUAAAGUCAGCUUUUAGCGUGAAAUACAAUUUUUUUUUAUUUGAAACGAAUGGAAACUUGUUGCGAAGAAUAGGAGCGUCUAUUCAUUCAGAAUAUGAAGAAUCAAACAGAAUAUUGUGAAACAACAGGCAGUCAGCGGUUCAUGAUGACCAGCGUUAAAAUGGGUCCCGUGUUCAAGGGUCAUGCAGCGCAGAAGGAGCGUCCCUCGCCCGAAGGCGCUGGCUCUUCAGCAUAUGAUUCCCAUGCAGCACCUUGGACAGGGUGCGCGGGCUCCCUCCCGACACCCCUCACUCACUCUCUCCUACGGUCAAAAUGGUCCAAAGAACUGUUAAACGGUUACCCUCCUGAAUACAACUCCAUCAAGUCCACUGGGACGAAAAGAGAGACGUUAUUCGACACAGGACAUUUGUGCAAAAAGUGCAUCUCUCAUUUCAACGUCUUCAAAGGGGAAGCAUUAAAACAAGUAAUUGACAGAAACCUUUCUACCAAAGAUCCCAAAGUCUUCAUUCAUCUUUAUGAGAGCAUGAAACCUCCUGCUAGUACUGUAGAUGCCUGGGGCAACGUGGACGGACGCUGUGGCGUCUGCUCCACUCACUUUAGCCAGUUGAAGCAGGAGGCUAUCCGCACGAUCCUCGCCCAGGACCGGGCCAUAUGGGCUCCACCUACUACUGCCAACAUCUCAUCCACAAGCCUUGACUCAGGCUCACAAACGCUCCCCAGAACCUCAAGCCACCGAUCUGUUGUCUCAGACCCCCAUCAGAGGCCCAGCAAUGCAGGACCGGAAUGCUGGAUUAAAGGACGUCAACAUUUAGAGGCCCUUUGGCCCCUGUCCUCAUGCAAAGGAAUCAAUUCAAUGUCUCAAAAGUCCUCCCAGAGUCCUUUACAUGCAGGAAAGGUGUUUGAGAAGGAGAAUGUGACCUCUACAGCACUAUGCAACUACGGCGCCUCACAGCCACCCCGUUCUUCUAGUAUGUCCUCUCUGCUUCCUGCAGGAACCUCUGCUGCCUUGUCUUUCUUUGUCAGGGCUGCACAGAAGCUGAACGGAAUGGUUAGAAGAGGGAGGCCGUUCUCAGAAAGUGGUGCUUCUCAACAUCUGACAAACUUCAGUAGCCUCAUGCAGAAGUCUCCUCCUCCAGUACCAGCCAGCAUUUUUCAAGCUGCUAGUAAGAGCAAGGAAACACCUGGGAUGGGGAAGGUCAAAGUGAUGCUGCGAGUCUGUUCGGUUCCUGAGUCAGACCCCUCCCAGUCCUAUUCUUUCAAACUGGACCAGCACAAGAAACAGAUCACCGUGCUGAAUGUACCCACCUUCACCCCUCAGAGACAGACUGCUGGCACUACAGUCUCCUCAAAGACCUUCACCUUUGAUGCUGCCUUUGGCCACGAUUCAACCCAGGCUGAAGUUUGUGAGAACAGCUUGUGUGAGGUGCUUCAGUGUGUGGUGGCAGGGGCUGAUGGUUGCAUCCUAAGCUUUGGUCAAACCAGUGUGGGAAUGUCUUACACAAUGAUUGGCCGUGAUGGUUGUACUCAAAGCCUUGGAGUUAUUCCAUGUGCUAUCUCUUGGCUUUUCAAGCUCAUUAACAGGAAGAAAGACAAGACAUGGGCAAAUAUCACUGUUUCCGUGUCAGCUGUAGAGGUCUGUGGGGAAAACAAUGCCAUCAGGGAUUUACUCUCUGAUGUUGAGACGGGCAACUGCAAGGAGACCUAUAAGCCAGAUGCUUUCCUCAAAGAGGACCCCGUCUGUGGAAUACAGCUCUGCAACCACAGUGUGCUAAAUGCUCCAACCCCAGAAAGAGCAGCUUUCCUAUUAGAUGCAGCUAUCGCAUCUCGCAGUGGGACUUUGGACAGUGGAGGGAGACCGCUACACUGUUGUCACAUGUUCUUCACCCUGCAUGUUCGCCAACAACACAUAGGGAGCAGCACCAAGUCUGGGAUGAAUGUGGAUCAAAGCAAGCUGAGCCUGAUCGAUUUAGGGAGCUGUGUGGGGGAGAGGGAUGAAAGCAACUGUGGAGUCUGCCUCGCUGAGCUUGGAAACUUUAUCACAGCCAAUCUCAACAGACAUAAACAUGUCACUAAUAGGGAAAGUAAAUUAGCCAUGCUCCUGCAAGACUCUCUGAGCAAUGUCAACUGCUCCACAACAAUUAUUGCCCAUAUAUCCACAUCGCCUGAAGACCUUACAGAAAGCCUCUGUACGAUGCAGACUGUGUCUCGAAUGCGGAGGCAGAAAAAGAAGACAAGGAAAUCUUCCUCAAGCUCGCCUGGGGGAAGAAGCUUAGGCAACGAGAGGAAAGUUAAUAAUUCCACCAAGCUGAGAUUCCAGUCUACAGGAACACUGGAUCAAGAUCUCUCCUCUCCUGGUUUCUCUAGUGAUCCAGCAUUUUACCCUGAGAGUGACAAGUCUUGUGAUACCUUUAUCUCUAUGGAUUCUUCUGGCCUCCUAGAUAAAGAGGUUACAAAUAGAAGCAGAGAGGUUUUACCUAUUAUUCCAUCCUUACUCAAAAGCAAAUUAGAGUCCAAGAAGCUCUCGUUGAUGAAGUUUUGUGAAAUCUCUCCACCAAUUGCCAAUCGCAUGAAGCAAAUAUCAAAAGAAAAGACUAAAGAAGAGUCAACACCAACAAUAUUGCAAGAUAAAUCAGAUUUUGAGUGUCUGAAGUGCAACACAUUUGCAGAACUCCAGAAUCGACUGGGAAACAUAGACGGAACAGAAUUGGAUCUAUGCAAAGAUCAGGAAGUGAACAAUAUGAAUAAAGCACCUCACUUAAGCCAAACUGAAAAGAAAUCUAAUUCAUUGGACAUUCAAGCAUCAAGCAAAUCUGAAAGUACCAGACAAGGAAACUCAUCAAAAACAUUUGCCAUCAUUCACAACAGUGUGGAAAUUCCAAGUACUUCCAAUUCACAGAUUAUUCAGACAUGCCCGCCACAGUUAGAUGUAGUCAAACCAAGUGAUCCUUUGCUGUCUGGCCAAUCUCCAAGCAAAUCUAAGCUUCAUAAUAAAAAAAUGGAAGUAAUGCCUACUUCACUGUCUCUGAAAUUGGAAGACCAAGGUAAAAUAAGAUUAUCGGAUUUCACAAUGCAACCUGAGACACGAAUUUCUCCCGUCGGCAAGAGUUCUCCAAGAUCUACCUCGUCCUCUUCUUUUUCAUCAUCCCUAUCUUCCAGUUUGAGCUCCCCACCGGCUGUUUCUACCUCUUUGAAUGGAGAUGUUCCACAUUGUACAGCAAAGAACCAGCGAGAGAUGAGGGCCACCAUUACAGUGACCGUUCAGCAACCGCUCGAUCUUAAUGGACAUGAUGAGAUUGUGUAUACCGUGGUUGAGGAGGUUACAAUAAAUGGGGCCACUGAGCAAGGAAAGGCAAAAAUAUUAAGUAUUCAUGAGUCUCACUCUCUCCAGGCUUUAACACCAGGAAGUCAGUCUGUAAGGAUUAUCGGCAGCAUAGGUGAAGAACAAACAGCAAGUUUUUAUAGUUCCACCUCUAAUGCAAAAACCUCAGAGAAUGAAGUCUCCAUAGCCUCAUCUGAUGCAGCUGUACCACACACAAAAAUCAAUCCACAUAUUGACAAGGAAAGCAGCUUCCUUGAUUCAAAAGACCUGCCACAGCAUGAUAGUUGGUCUGACGUCCCGCUGACAGAAGAUGUGAAGGAGAUACCUAAAGAAGCCAAUACUAAACUUGAUCCUCACUGUGAGGUCUUGAAGUCCAGACAAAAUGCUUGUGAAAUUACUCCCGAGCAGAGCUGGUUGUGCCAAAACAAAAAGAAAGACACCAAGAAUGUCCCACAAAUGAACACAGAACACAAGAACCCAUGUAAUCCAAGACAAACUCUUGAGAGGAAACAAUAUGCCAAGAAAGACGGACUUGUGGAAUGGAACAAAGACAGUGUCCCAUCAACACACACAAAUAGUCCCAACCUCAAAAGGAAAGAAACAAAAGAAGAGUCUGCAAGAAGUGCAAUGCUAAACCUGGCUACUGAAACUAAGACCAACACGAAAUCUCAUUUUGAAGAGAGCAGCAAGUUAUUUAAUGCAAAACUGAAAGCAUUAUCCGGCAGGAGCCAAACUUGGGAUGAGAGUAAUCGCGGAAGCUCAACAGGAAGCUUGAAAGGUAAUUCUAGCUCACCAAGACUUAAAAGCAAGUUCCUUGAGGAGACUGCUUUCAUCGAUGUGGCUCCUCAAGGCCUUUUAGAUGAACAAUACUUUCCAGCUCAACCCAGCCCACUUGGUUUUAAAGAAGACUUUGAGGACUUUGUAAGGUGUCGAGCUAGUCAGAGUCUUGGGAGGGUUCCACAGUUCUUCCCCAUGCAUGACGCCAACGAUGCAUCCCGGCCAUCCAAAAACGGUCACUCUAAGACAACAGCUGUUAAUAAAUUCAUGCCCAGUUCAAAGAUCCACAAGAUGCCAAACUUGUCCCCCAAACCCACUAGGCACUCGAUCAACAGGAGCUCAAGCUUUUCUCCUAAUGGAGCACCUGUCAACCAAAGCUCGUGGUCAACACACUCCCUAUCCCGAAGUCAAGAUAACGGUGGUUUGAAGUCGCCCGGUGCAGUCCGGAAAGGAAGGGUUGAACUUUUAAGAAGCAGUAGAGACUCUCUUUCUGCUUUUAGUCAAGGUGGGUCUGAUUUAGAUGAAAGUGAAGAACCGGGAACGUCGAAACCUUUCGUUCACACGUUGCCAUCCCCGUACAGUCGGAUCACAGCUCCACGGACACCAUACCACUGCAGUGGCCAUGCGAGCGAUACCACCAGUGUUCUCAGUGGAGAGCUGCCUCCUGCCAUGUGUAAAACGGCUUUACUCUAUAACAGAAGCAGUAUGGUCAGUAGUGGUUAUGAAAGCAUGCUAAGAGACAGUGAGGCUACAAUUAGCAGCAGUUCAACGCAUAACUCCAUCAGCGAUCAGAGCUGCUCACUUGGCGCUGGUAAAGGGGCAAGAAGUACCAAGAAAAGAACCAACAUAGGGUCUAGUAUAAGACGACCAUCUCAAGACAACCUCCUUUCUCUGAAGAGAUCCGUCAGUGGGCCCAAAAUGCACCGGGUGGAUCGGGGUGUUUCUGAGUCUUAUGAAAUAAAAGUCUAUGAGAUUGAUAAUGUAGAUGGCGUACAGAAGAGAGGUGGGGCAGGGAACAAGGGUAUAGUGCUCUUUAGUGCAAAGCUGAAAUUCCUGGAGCAUCGACAGCAGAGAAUAGCAGAGGUGAGGCUCAAGUAUAAUGCUCUCAAGAGGGAGCUGGAACAUGCCAAGCAUCAUCUGAUGGUGGACCCUGGAAAAUGGACCCGUGAAUUUGACUUAUGGCAAACGUUUGAGGUAGACUCCCUGGAGCACUUAGAGGCGUUGGAGCUGGUCACUGAACGGCUAGAGCGUCAUGUUAACCUCUGUAAAGCACAUGUCUUGAUGGUCACCAGCUUUGAUGUUACACCCAAAUGCAGACAAAAGUGGCGGCAUCGGCCCACUGUAGAUCAUACAGCGUUUGCAGGAAUAUAGCAUGCCAAGAUGUUAUAUCAUCACUUUAACCUGUUAUGCAACAUAUGAAAUGAUAUGCAAAUCUGUGCCUGUAAAGCAUCUCAAAAUCAUCACAUUAUACAGAAGCUUCCGCUGGUGCUGAUCGGGCUCUACUUGAAAUCUAAUUUGCUGUAAAUGUUUGUGUUUUUCGCUUUAGCAUUGAGAGAGAGCAAAACAACAUAAUGGACUGCAGACUUCUGUCUGAACUUGGAUGCACUGAUAUGGGCUUUUCCUCGAUUAUUCCUUGUUUUUCACUGUUCAGACUUUAAUUCUGAGUAGUCAGGAUUCAAGAUUUCCCAUUGUACAUUUGUAAAUCCUGGGUUAACUUUCCUAUUGGCAUAUUUAUCCCUAACCCUAAGUAGCCUACAGCAUGAGAUGACCUGUAAUAUAACUGCUUGUCCAUCUGUGGAAAUGUUCAACAUUUUAAUGUUUCUCUCUCAAGCAUUAAUUUAUGGCUUGUUACCUGUUGUUAAACAACUUGUUGUAACAUUGUCGCACCUUAUUGUUUCACACAAUAUACUUUUGUGCUUAAUAUCGCAAGUUGAAAAGUUGAGGUAACACUCCUUUUCAAAAUUACAAGUGUGAAAUAAAAAUUUCUUAACCCAGGGUUAAAUGUGGCCUUAAUUCUGGGAUAAGUUAUGUUACUUUACUGAGAGUUAUUAUAAUAGUCACCUUCAAGGUGGUAAAAACACUGUAAAUAAGUAACACCCAGGGUUUAUUUUGUUGCUCUAAGAGCAAAUAAAUUGGAAGUUUUAUUGUUAAGGUCUUUAAUCCUUAUGUGUAUGCACUAAUAAAAACUUGUUAUGCAC